UGUCACUACCAUGCUAAACUUUUGCCACGGCUCGACUCGCGACAAGAGACUAGCUUAUACCCCACAAACUUUGGCCUUUGCUAACCACUAAGAAUGCGACCAAGUUGCCUUCUCCGUCCGCUAAGGUCUACACCUAUAGGCCCCGUCGGACGAGUAUGGACAGCACGCCCCUAGGGGCACAACCUACAUUAAUUGCAGUGGCUCCCUGCACCUCAGUCACUGGCCCACACACUCGGUACCAGCUUUCUCCAUCAUCCGGCAUAUUCCGUUGACGCGCAAAUGGGGAUCACGAAGCUUAUGUUCGCUGCUUCGAUAAGCGCCUUCGCGGCUGGUGUGCUUGGAAGCACAUUCGAGCCUGUCGACUUCAAUGUAACGGAAGCGCUACUCGCCAACGGUCUCGAUGUAACUGCUAUUCCUGGCCUGGCAGGUCUGGCGGAAAGAUCUUCGUCUGGGGCUUGCUCCACAGCUUGCGCAGCUCUUCGAUUUACGUUCGGCAACGGGACUGUGCUGUCAGAAGGAAGUGCAGCGUACGACAACUUCACCGGCGACUAUUGGGCAGCUCAGCAAGCCGCUGUAGACCCAUUUUGCGUGUUCAAGCCCAGCAAUGCCAAACAAGUCUCAACUGUUGUGCUCUUGUCUCGAUUUACGCAGUGUCCCUUCGCUGUGAAAGGAGGCGGACAUGCUGCAUUCGCAGGAGGAUCCAGCAUCGAGGGAGGCAUUACUAUCGCCCUGGAAAAGCUCAACGAGAGGAGCCUAUCGUCAGACAAGAAGAUCGCUUCCGUCGGUCCAGGUAACCGGUGGGCCGAUGUGUAUCCUUGGAUAGAGCAGUACGGACUUGAAGUCAUUGGCGGCCGAAUCUCUUCGGUUGGUGUUUCUGGAUUGACUCUUGGAGGAGGUAUCUCCCACUACGCGAAUGCUUACGGAUGGGCUUGCGACAACAUCGACUCAUUCGAGGUUGUGACAGCCUCGGGCAUCAUCGUGAAUGCGAGUGCCGCCAAAUACUCCGAUCUUUAUUGGGCUCUUCGUGGAGGUGGCAACAAUUUUGGCAUUGUCACCAAGUUCAACAUGAGGACCUUCGUCCAAGGUGAAAUGUGGGGCGGGCAACGUGCUCACACUGAGGAUCAAUGGGACAAAGUCUAUGCGGCCUACUACAACUAUGCCGUCAACGCAGAGAAGGAUUUGAAGCAAGCUCAGAUCGUGUCAUUCGCACUCCAGGCCGGCAUGAAAAUUGCGGCCGAAGAUCUUGAGUACUCCGACCCUACGCCAUGGCCUCCUGUAUUCGACGAAUGGAAAGCCAUUCCAGCCAUCAUCGACCAAACUGCUAUUGCAAACAUGUCGACUUUGGCCAACCAGCUUGGUGCGGGAGCUCCGGAUGGCGUCCAAGAGACAUAUUGGGACCGCACCUUCAAGGUAGACAAAGACAUCUUCAAGGCCUUCAUCGACAUCUUCUUCGAUAUGCUGCCCGCAAUCCAAGACGCUGCUGGAAUCCUACCUGUCCUGUCUUUUCAAGCAAUCACUGUCCCUGCAAUGCAACAUAUGCAACAGAAUGGCGGAAAUGCACUUGGACUUGAUCCCAAUGAUGGUCCCAUCUUCAUCUGUAACCUCGCCAUUCUCUGGACGGAUGUCGCGGACAACUCCCGUAUCAUGUCUUUCAGCAACAGCCUGUAUGAGCGACUUGUCGAGGAGGCGGCAAAGAAGGAUCUGAACUCCGACUUCAUUUACAUGAACUACGCAUCACCGUACCAAGAUGUAGUCGCUAGCUAUGGGGCUGCCAACAAGCAGGAGCUGAAGAGCAUCUCUGGCGUUUACGACCCUACUGGCGUCUUCCAAAAACUUCAGCCCGGCUACUUCAAGCUUGAGGGAGCACCGUACGGAGCGUUUCCAGCGUAAUUUAUAUAGUAGUAUGGUUCCGUGAAAUAUAAAAUUGAUCAUGGCGGACAACUAGCUAUCCUUUCACGUGCCUGUCUCGUGGGCCCUUUCCCGAUCGGUCGGACUGAAGUGCCCUUGCCAUAGGUUUCCGAGAGGAGCAUUCAAACAAACAACCCUUUUGGCAACAGGUACACCAUGAGGAUCAGUGUUUCCUUGUCUAGCACUGAUCGCAAGGAUCUCCCAGGUGUCGGUGAACGCUGACGUCCGAGGGAGCGUGCCAAGGCGCUAGUCCAAGCGUUUGCUGAGCUGCCUCCAGUACUUUCUUGUCCGCUUGCGACC